AUGGACAGUAUGGACCUCGUCUACGACGCCGGCAUCGAGCCGGCGGACUACCUCGACCAACAAACUAGUGCACCGGCUCAACAGACCGCGCGCCCGCCGACGAUCGUGCCCGUCGACGCUGCGUACCCGUUCGACCUCGACGCCCGCCUGUCCGGCCUCACCGGCCGCGCCGCGCUCGACCACCUAUCGCACAUCAUCCAGCACGCGCCUUCCUUAGCUCACGACGCCCUCCAACGCGCCCUCACGCUCCUCACGCUCCCCGACCAGCGCGAUCCGACGCUUCUCAACACGCUGACGUCGUCGUAUACGACGGCCACCGAACGCGCCGCGUCCAUCGGCCUCACGCUCCCCGCGUUCCCCGAUGCGCAGACCUACGCGUCGUGGGCGCUUAAACUGACAAAGGAGAACGACGCGCAGCGGGCAAAGCUGGAGGUGGAGCUCAAGACGUACACGCAGAACAUGAUCAAAGAGUCCAUCCGCCUCGCGCACCGCGACCUCGCCGCGCACUACGCGUCCACCGGCCAGCCCGAGUUGGCGUUGAGGCACUACACGAAGAGCAGGGAGUUCGCCGGCAGCGCGCAGCACACGCUCGAGAUGUGCUUGGCCGUAUUGGCGCUGCUGAUCGAGGGGCGGAGCUUCGCGCAUGUGAGCACGUACGUCUUCAAGGCCGAGAGCGCGCUCGACGCGCCUGCGCCCGGCGCGUCGGCGGGAGGGAGCAAGCGCGACAAGAACGCGGACGCGAAGCUGUCGCUCGCCACCGGUCUCGCGCUCUUGAACUCGCGCGCGUACGCCAAAGCCGCGCAGAAGCUGCUGACGCCCGGCAUCAACACGAUCACGCUCGCGCCGUGGACUGGCACCAUCAUCCACCCCGGCGCACCGGGCGUGUACGCUACGCUGUGUGCGCUGGCCACGCUCGACAGGGCCGAGCUCAAGAGGCGCUACUCGAGCGGCGAUAGUGUGCUGGGCGAGGGGCCGGGGAUGAAAGAGCUCAUCGACGCAUGGCUCGGAUCGCGCUUCCGCGCCGUUAUAACGUUGCUCGACACACACAGCACCGCCUUCGCGCUCGACCCCCUCCUCGCGCCGCACGCACCCGCACUGGCCUACCAGAUCCGCGCACGCGCUUUGGCGUUGUACUUUAGACCGUUCAGCACGAUCAAGCUCGAAAAGAUGAGCGCCGCGUUUGGGUGGAGCGUGACAGAGACAGAGAAGGAGGUCGUGAGUCUGAUCAAGACUGGGGAGAUCCAGGGGAGGGUGGAUAGUAGGGAGAAGGUGCUCGUGGCGAGGAAGAAGGAUCCGAGGGCGAGUCUGUAUGAGAGGGUGUUGAAGGCGGGCGACGAGAUGGAGAGGCAGACGCAGGGCGUGUUGUUGAGGAUGAAGCUGCAGCAGGCAGAUCUUGUUGUGCGCAAGUCGAGUAAUGAGCGCCAGCAACAGCAGCAGCAGCAGCGGCAGCAGGGUCUACCGCCGACCGCGCCCGAGUAG